AACUUUGGGUCGUUUGGGCGAAUUUGGGCUCCACUUCUCCCCCGGCGGUUGGAACCCGAAGCUAGCUAGUUCUAGCCGGCUAGCUACUGUAGGUCAGUCCUAGGUCGCUUAGUACUUAUUUGCUAUAUAUUUUUGGAAGUCAACAGAAAAAUUACAUCAGAAUUAAUAUUUUUACCUCAUUAAAACGAGAACGCCUUGUAUAGUUUCCAUAUGGAUAGAAGAUACAAUGUAGUUUGUUGAAAGGGGGUUUCCACACAAACCACGCCGUUUACGGAGGCGUGCAGUCGGCUGUAUUCAGUGCGUCGAAGCCUGCCAACUUUGUCGAAUAAAACGUUAAAUUUGCGCAAAGUUAGCGCUAGUUGAUAAAAAAUAACGUUUUUAAGGAGGCAGAAUAAGACAUUAGUCGUAGUUUUGGUCGUGUGAAGUAUUUCUUUAUAAAGAUAAUGUUUGUAUCUAUCUCAGGCUUAACCUUCUUCCAUGUCUAUUUAGAGCUCGACCAGGUCGCUUCGAGCGCCGCCAUUACUGAUUCAGUAACGGCAACGCCUCGCCCUGGAAGCGUCCUGGUUGCUUUGUGACUGGUUUAAUCACUCCGUUCAAGCACAAAAACGACAUAAAACGUUUUCAGAGGGCGACCGUCCGCUCACAUAGGUCGAAGCGGCCAUUUUAAUAGUGGACGUGAAGCCUAUUUUCUUUCUCUCGCUCCGUUAAACCGUCGUGUUCUAAGGCGCGACCAAAGCCUCCAUGGCGGAAGCCAGAUCGACGCCCCGUCAGCACUGAGGCUGAGUCGGGUGGUGCAUGCUGUAGUCAUGAUCAUCCCUGGCCACGUCUCCCCCCUCGACGGAGACCGAAAGCAGAUCCUCCGUGGUCAGCUGGUCGCCUCCAGCUGCCCGCCUGCCGUCGAAACGCUCGCUUCCUCCUCCCGUGGUACCUCCCAGUAUCCUCUCGCCCCACGAAAAAAUCCUCCAUUCGACGCGAGAACCGAGCGACGAGAGAAACGGUGGCCUGAAAUGCCCGCAAGACGAGCGCUUAGGGUGGAAAUAAAGCCUCCCAAGUCUUACACCAGUUGACAAAAUGGAAGAUUAGGCGGAUUGCCCGUUCUGGCUGGUGUCGACUGCAGAGUUAUUUGAGAUUUGAAACCGUCACAAGCAAUGGGCUAUGUCUCACGAUGCAGCGUAAACGGUUAGGGGCGGUGUAAUGAACAACUAUUAUGUGUAGGGCUGGGUUUUUUAUUCCAAUGUAUAGAAGUGAGCAGCGAGUCCUCGAGUAUUUUCAACAUCUGUAUGAACAAUUCAGAGGUGAUUUUAGAAAAUGAAUGGAGACAUGGACCCUGCCAGUAAAGCGCAAGUCUGGGCCCAGGAUGAUCUGAUGAAACUCUUGGAUGGCAUGAAAGUGAAUCUGCCAGAGAAGGACCUGACCAAGUACAAGACCUCUGAAGCCCAUAUGGACUGGGAGAAGGUGGCUUUCAACACAUACUCAGCAGAUAUGUGCAAACAGAAAUGGCUUGAGCUCUCAAAAGAGAUCCGCAAAUUCCGCACACUAACAGAACUGAUUGUGGAUGCACAAGAUUACAUCAAGAAUCCCUACAAAGGGAAAAAAAUAAAGAAACACCCAGACUUUCCCAAGAAGCCACUGACGCCAUACUUCCGCUUCUUCAUGGAAAAGAGAGCCAAGUAUGCCAAACUUCACCCAGAGAUGAGCAACCUGGACCUUACAAAGAUACUCUCAAAGAAAUACAGGGAGUUGCCAGAACGUAAAAAGGAGAAAUAUGUAAACGAUUUUCACAAAGAAAAGGAAACAUUUGUGGUUAACAUGUCAAAAUUCAAGGAAGAGCAUCCAGACCUGCUAGAGACAAAAAGUAAGAAGAGCUCUAAUGUACCAGAGAAACCCAAGACACCUCAGCAACUGUGGUAUAACCAUGAGAAAAAGGCCCUUCUUAAAAUUCACCCAGAUGCCACCACCAAAGACAUCAAAGAUAGUCUAGGAAAGAAGUGGACACAGCUGUCAGAUAAAAAGAGACUGAAGUGGAUUAACAAGUCUCUGGAGCAGCAUAAGGAGUAUGAGGAAAAGAUGCGGGACUUGAUUCAGCAGCAACCAGAGCUGAACCUGACUGAAGGCGACAUUGUCAAGACCACUCUGACCAAAGCAGAAAGACAACUUAAAGACAAGUGUGACGGCCGGCCAGACAAACCACCAUCGAAUGGAUACUCAAUGUUCUGUGCCGAGCUGAUGUCCAGUAUGAAGGAUGUUCCCAGCACAGAGCGCAUGGUCAUGUGCAGUCAGCGCUGGAAACUGCUCAAACAGAGCGAGAAAGAUGCCUAUCAGAAACGCUGUGAACAGAAAAAGAAAGAAUAUGAAAUUGAGAUGAACCGAUAUUUGUGUAGCAUUUCGGUGGAGGAACAGCAGAGAAUCUUGGCAGAGCAGAAGAUGGUGGGCUUUAAGAAAGGCACUGGAGGCAGCAGCCCGGCCUCUAAAAAGAACUCUAAAGCAAAGAGCACUCCAGAGAAGCCCAAGCGGCCAAUCUCUGCCAUGUUCAUCUUCGCUGAAGAGAAGCGGCCUAAACUUCAGCAAGAGAGGCCCGAUCUGUCCGACAGUGAGCUCACUAGACUCCUGGCCCGCAUGUGGAAUGAUCUGUCUGACAAGAAGAAGGAAAAAUACAAGAACCUGGAGGCGGUGUUAAAGGCAGAGUCAGAGAAACGGGGGAAAGAGGAGAAAGGCAAGCUGCCGGACCCACCCAAGACUGCACAGGAAAUCUGGCAGCACAGUGUCAUCGGAGAUUAUUUGGCUCGAUUUAAGAAUGACCGGCCAAAGGCAGAGAAAGCCAUGGAGGCCACCUGGAACACCAUGGAGAAAAAGGAGAAGAUCAUGUGGAUCAAAAAGGCUGCAGAGGACCAGAAGAGAUAUGAGAGAGACCUGAGUGAGAUGCGUGCUCCUCCUGCAGUGGUCGCCUCAGGGAAAAAGAUGAAGUUUGAUGGAGAGCCCAAAAAACCACCAUCAAACGGCUAUCAGAAGUUCUCUCAGGAAAUGCUGUCGAAUGGGGAGCUGAAUCAUCUGCCCAUGAAGGAGCGCAUGGGUGAGAUCGGUGGCCGCUGGCAGAGGCUCCCUCAGAAGGAAAAAGACCGCUACAAGAAGAUUGCGGAGGAGAAACAAAAGCAGUACAAAGUGCAGCUUGAACAGUGGCUUGCGAGUUUAUCAUCUCAAGAGAGAGCUGCUUACAAAGAGUACAAUACCUUAAAGAGAAAGGGGACAAGCAAACCAGGUGGUACCACUGCUAAACAGAAAGCCAAGUCCAAGUCCUCAGACGUGGACGAUGACGAAGAUGAUGAAGAGGAUGAAGAGGACGAAAAGGAAUCUGAGGAGGCAUCAUCCAGUGCAGAGGAUAGUGAGGAAGGGGAUGACGAUGAGGACGAGGGCGAAGAUGAGGAUGAAGACGAUGAUGCUGACGAGGAGGAGGAUGAAGAUGAAGAGGCGGAGGAUAAGGAAAAUAAAUCAGAGAGCAGCAGCAGUGGGUCCAGCUCAGACGAUUCGUCUGAUUCAGACUCAGACUGAGAGGGAGCUGGAGCAGAGCGAGCCCGCAGACUGCCAGAGACCCUGUGAACUGAGCCAUGAGUCAGAGCCAUGGGCCUGCACUGCACUCCUCCAGCCACCAGGGGGAGCUCCCUCCACCACCACCACCACAUCCACUCACUCAGCAACCAUCUCUCUGUCAUCCUUUGCUUUUCUCUUUUUUCCCCCCUUUACAGUCUCACUGAGGUUGUUUUCAGUUAAAGGCUUUUAAAGAAGGAAAUGGAAUGAAAGGAGGAGAAAUUGCACACUCGUAGGACUAAAGAUGUAUUAUACCUUCAAUUCCCUCACAGCGAACACGAAUCUGUUCUUUAAUAGGGUUCAGCUCUGCUAGCUCGCAGACUUUCUUUCAACUGUCCCAAAUUAGCUUUAAAAGAUGCUGGUGGCACCAUGAAGUAGACCUUUACCAUCUUGUUUAGUGUCUAAAGCCAUUAUUUGAAGGAAGGAGAAUAGGAAUGAUGCCCUUUCUCUUUUCCAGACUUGUUUGUUUGUUUUGUUUUUUUUUUCUUUUUUUUCUUUUUUUCUUUUUUUAGGGGAGUAACAGGCCCACAAGCCAAAGAAUCUGUUAGCUAGGCGGAUUUCUUUUGGGAAGUAAAGGGGACCAAAUACUUGCACUCUAAAGAAUGUCUGCUUUGUCUUUCCUAUCCUCCUUCUCUACAUCCUUUUCACAGUCGUCAUCCUCAUGCCUUUCCAAACCUUUUCUUUCUUUCUUUCUUUCUUUCUUUCUUUCCUGCUCCCUCAAUUGCCAUGGUGGUGUAUUUUUGCUUCUGUAAUUCUUCAGUUCGAAGUGUGGUACCUUCAGGAACAAUAGCGCGAUGUUUGAAUGUCUGUCCGUGUGGAAUUGUGGAAUUGGCACACAAACGCAGCUUGAUCAUAGCAUGUACAUAAGCCACCAUCACCUAUGUGGGUUACUUUUGUUUGUUUUUGUUUUUUUUAAAUUAGGCACCAAUUCAUCUGUUUAGCAAAUGUACUUUGGACGUUGACCGAGAUUCUUCCAUUUGAUCGCUUUAAAAGAGCGAGAGAAUCUAUCUUUGGAAUCUUUUGUAAUAGGCGAAACAAAAGAGACUAUAUAACGUUUUCCUUGGCCCAGAUGUGUACUUGUUUGAGAGGAAGCUCCACCCACAAACCCUGUUGCUGACUUCUUACGAUUAGAAUUGGUGUUUUCCAUCCAACCUGUUUUACUCUUCCAGCUUUUUAUUUUGAUGCUGCUUUGCAGGGCUGCACUUUUUUUUUUCUUUUUUUUAAUGUUUGGUUUGUUUUAAUUGUCUGCUAAGAGUUAGACUGGUUUGUUUUAAAGAUAUAUUAUCGGGCUUGUUUUAAUUGCCUGCUACGUUAGAUUAUUUUCUUUUAAACGUCUGAUUGUGAUAUCAGUUUGGCCCUCAAUGCUGUGCACUUAUCCUAGACGGCCUCACCAGCUGACUGUCAUCUUAGUGUUCCUUUCCCUCCCUUUUCCCUCUUUUCCUCACUCCUCACACUUCUCUGGUUUUCCCCUCAUCCACGUACUUCAACCACUGACUUGUUCUUAUAAGCACCAGCUCAAGGAAUGUAAAGGAAUGUUGUAUUUAAUGGAGGAGAAAAUCUUUUGUUGUGUAUAUAUGAACAGUUUUGGGUCACUGUUUUUCUCCUCCCUAUCCUUUAAUUUUUUUUUAGCAUUGUGUAAACACCUUGCUGGAAUUGCAGCUAUGUGCUUUUACACCUAUUGGAUGGUGGUGUCUGUUACGAUGUUAUGUACCCCAAAACACAAAGGACGCAUCUUUAAUUGGCGGCGCCCUUAAAGAUGAGCAAGAACGUGAGGUCUGUCGGCUGUAUCCAGCUGAGUUAACUUGACUCAGCUGGAAAGGCAUGAAAGGUGGUUAUAUGUGGUUAUUCAUGAUGGUGGUGAGGAACACAGGACACAGUCCUUAGUAGAUUCGGCAAUAUGAUUAGGAACAAGGAGAUCAAUGGGGAUAGAUUUGGUUCACUGCUGUUGUAAGGUAUUUGUAAAUAUGUUUUCUUUUCUUUUUUUUAUUGAGUGAAAAAUUGUAUUUUCAUUUGGCCAAGUUGUCCCCUACGUGGUUCUUGUAGUGGCCGGUGGUCUGGAUUUGUUUGUCAAUUGCUCUGAGGAGGAAAAGAUUUUAAUUUGGUAUGUUUUAGUUUUUAUACCCCUCAGCUGUUUGUUUAUUUGUAGAAAUGGCAAAAAAACAAAUAAUUUGUACUGCUGAUAAUUUGGAACAUUUGGAUGUUUUCUAUAGUCAGAGGUGUUAUUCCUGGAAUUUACCAUUUGAUCAAAUAAACCUAUCUUUAGCAA